AGGGCCUGAUUAAAAGCUUGGUUGCCAAGAAAAUGACAUGAAGACCAUAAGGGUCGGUGAUGAUAAUGCCCCUCAACCAACCUCUUCCCACAGAAACCAGAAACACACACCCUUCUCUCUCUCUCCCCCUCUCCCAUUUCUUCCUCCCAGAAAAAGCCAUGCUUGAUCCUGGCACAAAACUACUACAAAAUCGUACUAGUUCCUCGAAUCAUAUAGGACAAGGAAGUGACAGUUAUGUCGACAGUUAUGGUUCCCGGGCUCGAAAAACCGCCCAAAACUACGCUAAAUAUAAUAGCUGGAAUGGGAAUGGCAUGGAAGUGCGAUUUGUACCAGAAGUGAAGGCGGCCGAUGACUCCGGUAUUUGUUCGCCGCCUUUGUGGACAACAAGCCCGCCGAGAAGUCCGCCGAGAAGCCCGCAGCACCGGGCAAACCACUACCGUAGCCUCUCUCCAGCGUCAAGGACCCAAGCCAUUGUCAGAGGCCAGAAGGAGCUCAUGGAAAUGGUGCGGAACAUGCCGGAGGCGUGCUACGAGCUUUCGUUGAAGGAUCUUGUCGAGCAGCCUUUCGUUGAUCAAGCUCGACAGGAAAGCGUGCCGGAAGAGAGGGCUUUGUAUAGGAGGGAGAGUAGUAAGAAGAUGAAUGAUAAGAGAACACAGGGGAGAAGAAGUACUGGAGGCAUAGAUGGUGGAGGGCUUUACCUUAAGAUGAGCUUUCCGUUGUCUUUAGGGUCUUGGAAGAAUAAGCAGAAAAAUGAGUCGUCGUCUGCGACAAAUACAAGUGCAAAAGUUUCUCCCAAGCCUCCGGUAACGGAUGGAUCUGUAAAGGGUGUAGAUAAGGAGUGGUGGAAGAAGACGUUUUCGGUAUCCGGAGAGAGUGAAAGUGGUGGGUCUAGUAGCAAUGGAAGCAUGAAAAGCAGUGGCAGCAGCAGCAGCAGAAGCAGCAGCAUCAGAAGCAGAAGCAGCAGCAGCAGGCAUGAUAAUGGUGGUUGCUUGUCGUUUUUUUGCACCAAGAAAAGCAAAAUCCAGACGCGGAGUAAAUGAGCUGCAUGGAAGAAAAACAGGAGUACAAUAUGAAUUUUCAUGUAAUUGUCACUGCAAUAAUGUCUAGGUACAGUGGAGGGAGUAUACAAGAUUAUCACAACAGAAGUUUGCAACUUAGUAUAAUUAUAUUCUUAACAGGUUUUCAAAGUGUGUAUCUUUUUCUCCUUUUUCAGUUUCCUAUAUUGUGAAGCGAAUAGAUCGAUGAGUGUUGGUUUUGGUUA